AUCCUCAACCAGCUCCUCCGCCACCACCCACCGCCCUCAUCUGUAAUUCUCCUAAAUCCCAAAUCUCGAAAAAAAAAAAAAACAACAAAUCUUUCCUCUCUCUCCUCUUCGCGGAAUCCGAGCCCACGGCCCCGUGUGGGAUCCGCCAUGGAAUAAGAUGGAUGGAAUACCACUACCCCAUCUCUGAUCUGAGGCGGCUCGUGUUCGGGUCGUUAAAAACUUGUUUGACAUCUUUGUAUUGUCCAACCAAGCUUGAACACGUCGUUGUUUGACGAAAUAUAGAAGCUGUAUAUGAUUGGUCUUUGAUUGAUUUGAUUAUUGCUCGUUUGAGAUCAACUUGGUCAUUUGCUUUUCAUCCCUAAUCGAAAUUCGCCAUAGCUGAUUUGAUCAGCUUGGCUAGUCGUUCGGCUUGUCCUAAUAAGAAUUGCCAUUGAUGGUUUGAAAUCAGUUCGGUUGGCUCAGCUCUAAUCGAAAUCCGCCAUAGCUUGUUUGAAAUCAACUCGGCUCUACCAGCCCGAAUUUAAAUUGGCCACUAGCUUGUUUAAAAAAGCGCCUUCAUUACUCGUUCGGCUCGUUUAUCAACCCGAAUCGAAGUUUGCCAUUGGCUCGUUUAAAACCGCCUCGACUACCGCUCGUUCGGCUCGUUUAUCAGUCCUAUUCAAAAUCCGCCAUGGAAGAAGAUGAUGAAUAGAAUAAUCAGCCGCCCAGCCUCUCACCUCCGCCACCGCCUCCUCCGCCGCCAAUCCCACCGCCAUCACCACCACCUCGCCUCCUCCAUCUCCUCCCUCUGGCGCCACCGCCAAAUCCUCGACCCGAACGGCGACGUCGUAACCCUAUGGAACCACGUGUUCCUCGUCACGUGCCUCGUCGCCCUAUUCAUCGACCCUCUCUACUUCUUCCUCCCUUACGUCGGCGGCCCCGCCUGCAUGACCACAGACACCGCCCUGGGCGUCGCCAUCACGUUCUUCCGUACACUCGCCGAUCUCUUCUACUUGCUCCAUAUGGUAAUAAAGUUUCGCACGGCUUUUAUCUCACCGAGUUCUAGGGUUUUCGGAAGGGGCGAGCUUGUUAUGGACCCACACGAGAUCGCCGUGAGAUACUUGAAGUCCGAUUUUAUCGUCGAUCUCGCUGCCACACUUCCGUUACCUCAGAUUGUCAUCUGGAUUGUAAUUCCGGCAACUAGAGACUCCAGUGCCGAUUACGCCAAUAAUACUCUUGCUCUCAUUGUUCUUAUUCAGUAUAUUCCGAGAUUGUUUCUCAUUUUUCCAUUGAAUCAGAGGAUCAUAAAAACUACAGGCGUCAUUGCAAAGACUGCUUGGGCAGGGGCUGCAUACAAUCUCCUUCUCUACAUUCUAGCCAGUCAUGUACUAGGAGCUUCAUGGUAUCUGUUGUCAAUAGGGCGGCAGAACUCCUGCUGGAAACAGGAGUGCUUUCAUGAGAAAUAUUCUGUUCCAGCAUGUGUCCUUAACUAUCUGGAUUGUAACAGUCUAGAACAACCACAACGAAGCCACUGGGUAAAUGUCACACGUGUAAUUUCUCGUUGUGAUGCAAAGAACGAUGACAGCGAUUUUAAGUUCGGAAUGUUUGCUGAUGCUUUUACUUCACAAGUUGCUUCAUCGGGUUUCAUUGAGAAGUAUCUCUAUUGCCUUUGGUGGGGUUUAAGAAAUCUAAGCUCAUAUGGACAGAAUUUGGAUACAAGCACUUACAUUGGUGAGACAUCAUUUUGCAUCAUUAUAUGCAUUGGGGGUUUGAUUCUGUUUGCACAGUUGAUAGGCCAAAUGCAGACUUAUUUGUCGUCUAUGACGGUGAGACUCGAAGAAUGGAGGGUUAAACGAAGAGACACGGAGGAGUGGAUGAGGCACAGACAAUUACCUCCGGCACUGCAAGAACGUGUUCGUCGGUUUGUGCAGUACAAAUGGCUUGCCACAAGAGGAGUUAAUGAGGAAUCCAUUUUGCAAUCCUUGCCUAUAGACCUCCGUCGCGAAAUCCAACGGCAUCUAUGUCUUAAGCUCGUUCGCCGGGUCCCAUUCUUUGCGCAAAUGGAUGACCAGCUACUCGACGCCAUAUGCGAACGCUUGGUCUUAUCCCUGAGCACACAGGGCACUUACAUUUCCCGAGAGGGCGAUCCCGUGAACGAGAUGCUAUUUAUCAUUAGAGGACAACUAGAGAGCUCCACCACCAACGGAGGAAGAUCCGGAUUUUUCAACUCCAUCACCCUCAGACCAGGUGACUUCUGCGGUGAGGAGUUACUGACAUGGGCCUUGAUGCCCAAUCCCAGCAUAAACCUCCCAUCUUCGACUCGAACAGUCAGAACACUCUCUGAAGUCGAAGCUUUCGCACUUCGCUCAGAGGAUCUGAAGUACGUCGGGAAUCAGUUCAAGCGUCUUCACAGCAAGAAGCUGCAGCACGCGUUUAGGUACUAUUCCCACCAGUGGAGAACAUGGGGAGGUUGUUAUAUACAAGCUGCCUGGAGAAGGCACAAGAAGAAGAAACUGGCAAAGGAAUUGGCUUUACAAGAGAGUAGUUUCUAUGAUAUGGAAGCUGAUGAAAAUAACGACGAUAAUGGAAACCAUGGGCUCGGGCAGCAUCUUGGAGCCACAUUUCUGGCAUCGAAAUUCGCCAAGAAUACAAGAAAGGGGGCGGUUAAUAACCAGAAGGCUCAGGUGGUUGAUUCUGCUUCGAGCCUGAAGAUGCCCAAGUUGUUCAAGCCGGAUGAACCCGAUUUCUCUGUAAUGAGAGAGGAGGAUGUCUAGUAAGCUUAUUAGGAGUCAUAAUUAAUCCAUGUGACAGGUUAGUUAGGAUUCUUUGUAUGAUAAUUUGUAAAUUUGUUUCUAUAGUAGACUAAGAAUGAAACACAUUUGCUGGUUCUUUUGUUGAUCCUCGUAUUUAUAUGAAUGAAAUGUGUGCAGUUUUGUAAA